AUGGCAGCUGGCGCGUCAGGGCCGGCGCCAGGGUUUUGGGAGUGGGUACAGGGCGCAGAGUGGACCAUUCCUGACUGGACAACAAUUCUGUGCAAUACGCUUCGCCUCACAGCCGCGGGUGCUGUCGUUCUGGGCACUGUUGCGCUGGCCUGGGCCCUGGCCUACUACCUCUUGCUGUGGCAGGUCCCCCUCUUUCGUGAGCUGAUUGGAGCCAAGCCCAUUGGCAAGGGAUAUGCCUCUGAUCAAGAGCGGCAGCGCCGCCCGCGCACGCUGCAGUAUCAGCGGGCAGAGCCGCAAGGAGCAGCGGGGCGCAAGGAUGAUCUGAGCCUUGAUGCGGCCGUGGCACGGGAACACUCGCUGCCCGCAGCUCAACUCGACCGGGUCAUUGAUGAGCUCACCACGUGUCGGCGCUUGUUGCUUUCGGCCGCUCAUGAUUCCGUGGCGUCGGUCCUCGCGCGCCAUCAUGAUUUGCUGCUCCUCGAGGUGACGCCCGCCAUCGGGGCAGCAUUGGACUUACCGACGGCUCAAAAGCUUAUCGAUGAUCUUCUCCUUCACCACGCCCUUGACGUUCCCGUUCUCUUGCUUCAAGCUCUUACGCGCGUCAUCAAGGCACCUGGCAGCGCGAGUCACGCCCAGCAAAAGCGGUGUAUCCGCCGCCUACUCAGCACAGCCAUUCAAGAGCGGGACCUUGAAGCCGAGCUGCUGCACAGCCCCUUGGCGGCACAGCUGCACGAAUUCGAUCGUGUCCUCGUCAACUUUCCCGUCAACUAUGCCAACUAUAUGCGGGGCUCGUCGUACUGGACGGCGACCGCCACCCGCUUGUUGGACCAUGGCUUGACAGCUGCGCUCCUGGCAGGCAUCCUUGCUCAACUGCCCCACAAUUUGUCGGCCUGGCCCCCCCUCCUGACCAAGCUUACCAAUCUGCAUGCUCGCAAGCUUCUUCAGGCCCUCUUCAACACCAUCAAGACGCUACUUGCCCUGCGAAGCUUACGCAAGCAUUCCCGACCUCCAGUCUCCCUGGCUCUGGCCGAGCAGCUGGCAGUCAAGGUGUUUCAGAGCAACGACUCACCGCCCACGGGUGAUGCCGAAGCUCCGUUUCACCUCGACUUUGAUCUCAAUGCCGAAGAUCCUUUGGUACAGGCGGUUCGUGAGCUGGCAGCCGGACCACUGCCUCCGGUUGACGACGAACGACUUGCACCUACGUCUUCAGAAGCCACCGCUCCACGCACGGGUGCUGUGGCGGGAUCUGAAGAUGCGGCAUCGCCCGCGCCAGCCUCGGGCUCACCGUCCGUGCAGCCCACCGAAGAAGCAUGGGAUAGUGACGAUGAAUUUGAGCCCCUGCCUGCUUAUGCGCAGCCCAUGCCUACGGGCCCGCGCUAUUUGCGCGACGCACUUGAGGUUCUUGGCGAGAAGGACGUUGCCUUUGAACGCUGGCUGGAGGGUCUCAAGAGCCUGGCGGAAUUGACUGCGCAACAGCCAGCAGAUCUCGCCGAACUGGCGGUGCCGUUGCUUCGCCGCCUCUUGCGCUUGGAAAACUCAUUCAACGAGCAGACCUUUGAUGGUUUGAAACAAACCAUCAUGGUCAACAUUGUGGUGGCCCAGCCUACCUUGAGUGCUCCAUUCUUGACAACGACGUUCUUUGAGGAGGAAAUGGCCCUUCAGCACCGUGAUCUACUGCUGACUGUCAUAAAUGGCGCGGCACAGCGCCUGUCAGGCCGCAGCCUCUUGGAUGACCAACACACUCCGCCUGCUGCCCCCAGCACCACUUCCACCGCCACUUCCGUGGACCCAUCCAGCAAACCACCGGAUCAGCCAGCCACCCCUGAGGCCAUCAUUCAAGCCCGCCUGGCCCAAAAGACGCGACGCUUUCACUCCCGGGCCCGAGCCACAGAAUGGGGCCGUGCCAAUGCGUUUGCUGAGAUUGGGCCACAACUAUUCUAUCCGCUUGUCGCAUACCACGACCGCCGCGUGCGCACGAUGCGUCUCAUGGAGGACGAUACGUGGCUCCUGGCAAAUCUCAUCCGCACGCUGAGCACCAUCAUCUACUGCAUGGGACCAGCGCUUGCCAACGCGCAUGCCAUCUCCACAUACAUUGAGUGGGUUUGCUUUGCAGAGACAUGUGCGGGCCUUCUCAUGGCUCUGCGUGUGGCGGGCGAGGGCCUCAUCGUGGAGGACUUUGUAUUGGCCAUGGGCACGCUAGAUAGUUGGCUCGAGAAAAUCAUGGUUUCGACAGACUUUGCGCCGCUCCAGCGACUGAGCGCCAUGACGAGAGCGGCGCUCGGCGCUUAUCGACCCAAGCUUCUUUCCAAUGUUGCAUAAUCGAUUGAUACU